UAUCUGCUAAUGUACAUUUUGGGAAGAACAAAUUGUGACAGGUGAAAAAUACCUAAUUGCUGUCCUGCUUCUUUUGUGUCAUGGAUAAGAUAUUCCUGGUUCUAUUAUUUAGUUUUCCAAUCAGUUUAUUCAGUCAUUUGCCAUUUAAACAACUUUGAGGUUGUAGUCAGUAAAACAGUAGGCACAGAUGGCCAGUACAUGUGAGGAAUGGCAAGUGGGCAUUCACCAGAUUAUAUAGCAGCCCUUCAGCAUGAGUUUCCAAUCCCUUACUAAACAGAUGAUCUGCUGUUGGCCAAAAGGCUCCUAAACCCAGUACUUCAUAUAAAUGAUGUUUGGUCUUGAAAUAACUAAUUGUGGUUGCCUUUUUCUGUUCCUUUCCAGCUACAUCCAGAAUCCUAACAAUCCUUAAAUCAGUAUACAGCCCUUCAGAGACCCUUCAGCUAGAUGGGCGAGCUGAACCUUCACUUCGUCUCACUUUCUUCUCAAGUACCUAGGCCUCUAGCCACAGAACCUACAAGCAUGCUCCUUAGUCCUGAGGCUAGCCCUUACAAGAUUUAAAAAGUCAGCUGAGAAAACCCUUUACUAGGAAAUAUCUUCUUCCUAUCACCAGGACUCUUCAGAGUGGCCUUCCUCCUUACUGUUGUGAGGGCAAACCAGUCAGUAUGGCCUGCCAUUAUUCAAGUUCUGUGUGUUCAUCCUUAUGGUCCAACACCCUGGUCUUUAGUUUCUCUUUCAGUUUUGUCCACCAGAGCUCCUUUCAUGUCACUGUUAAGGUAAGUCUUAUUAUUUGGACCCUUUGAUGAUUAGUAAUGUGACCAGGAUAAGAUAAAAUGCUACUAUGGCCUCAGGUUCUAGGUGCAUGUGAUGGUGUAGCCAUGAUUUUUCAUAGCUGGUCCAAAUUUUCCUUUGACCUUACUUCUGGCCCAGGGAUUCCUGAUCUCAAGCAUCAAUUAUGAACAUAAAAUGUAAGUGAAGAAUUAUUUGGAAAGCUGUAAGUAGUCCUUACAAAAAUGCCUAACCAUCAGCAAGACACAGCUGAGGGGUAGCUUGGAAGCAUGAGCCAACAUGCCUUUGCCAUCCACAACUAUUUUACAACUGACUGCAGCAGUUUAACCGUACUACCAUGAGGCAUGUUGCUUCUAUCGUAGGCAGCCAUAGGGGCUUCAUGUAUUGAAUGGGAAUGCUCUAUCAGGAACUUAAGGUUUUGGCAGGUAAGUAAUUUGUAGUUUUAAAAUGAACAUAUGUGGUUGAAAUUUGUGAUCUUCAAGGAGAAAAUGUUCUAUUCACUUUAAGAUACAUUGGUGUCACCAGGAUUUUGAGGUUCCAAUGAUUAUUGAUAAAAAUGUUUUAUGCAUCUUGACAGCAAUGUGCUAUAUGUGCUAGGUAUCAAUGUCUUUUUUUUUCAUGUUAGGUAACUGGGCCAGGGAAAUGUGUGAUGCAAGCAAUCCUUUUCCACCGUGUAUUAUGAGUGUUACAUGGAACCUAAUUCUUUUUCAUACCAAAGUCCCUUUACACUGCAAAAAUGGUCUGUAAACCCUUCCAGAAAUGUAUGUUCAUGUGUAUGAAUUAAUGAAAUGGAGCCCUGACCAGUCUUUAAGAUAUCCUUUACCUGCAACAAAGUCUGAAACAAAACUUUGCUUUGCUAGAAAACCAAAUGAAGGGGAAAGUGGUGGAGCCUUAAAUUAUCUGUUUGCAGUCUUCCUUCCCAUUUCUCCUCCUAUCUCCUCCCUCUUCCAGUAGUGUGUCCCUCCUCAGUAUCUUAUUUUAUUUCCAUCCUCUCAGAAAGAACAUUUCUGAGGUGCCUGUUUCAGUCAAUGCAGUGUUGAUAGCCAGGUGCAGGAGGGCUUGUUCAUUAGUGAAAUCUUCAGAGAUUAAGCAGCAUUUCUGUUAGUUCUGUAAAUAGAAAUAGGAAACAGGUGCCCAUUUGUCUUAUAAAAUUAAGCAGUGCUAGCCAGCACAGUACAUAGUGCUCUUGCAUGUCUGGUAGCUACACAGUUUUAGAGAGCUAUCUUCAUAAAGACCAAAAGAGAAACUUGGAGGCACUCCCCGCAGGCAGACAGUAAUGCAUAGUUAUGCAUGACAACCCAAGUUUAUCAUUUCAGUACACCUAUUUGAUGUCAAAUGUACCCAAUAAUGCAAGUAAUAAAUUGGGACUAAUGUCCAUUUUUUAUGACUGCACCCAAAGUCCCCACAAAUAUACCUCGGGCAUUAGGAAAUCAGGAAAACUGUUCUACUAGCCUCAAAUAUUACAUGGUGCUUGGGAAAGAUCAUGUCAGGGGACCUUAAUAGCAAAGCUUCAACUCAAAUGGGCCUGAGUGUUGUAUACUCGCAGGAAAGCAGGAAAUGUUUCUGCACUGUGGGAAAACAGGGAGAGGGGGUUCUGUGUCCUGGUCUUUGAAGUGGUUGCCUCAGUUUAGUUGGCAGCCAGGUUCCAUUUUAUAUUUCUAUUUUUUAUCCUCACUGAACUUUACCCCCGUAAAAAAAAGUGUGGUAAUUAAGUUUAUUCCAAAGGCAAAGGAGAAUGUUCUUUACAGUGUAUAGUUUAUUAAACAUUACCACAAUCUAAACACGUCAGCAUAGAACAUUUCUCUCAUAGUUCAAAUACAGAUAGUUAUGACUCCUUCAAACUUCCCAUAAAUAUUUAUCAUCCUCUUAUAGGCACCUCACUGCUUCCACUCGCUAUGUUUGCAAGAAUUGUACUAACCCUUGUUGCCGUGGUAUUGUUCCAAGAACAAGAGUUGUUCAUGAGCUGUUAAUAAUUCAGUUUUGUCCACUGUGAUCCUUAAAUCCUUGUCAGAGUCGCUGAUCUUCCCAGGACAUUGAAUCCCAGUGUGUAAAAUGCAGCUUAUGUUCCUUGUUCUUAGAUUUAUUGCACUUGGCUGUAUUAAAAUGCAUUUUGUUCAAAGGAGGAAGUGUAUGACAGAGUUUGAAAACUUCUGGAUUUAGUAACAUUACUUUAUCUUGCCCUGCCCACUAAGAUGACCAAAAAGGAAACAUAUACAUCUUUGCUAUCCAGAAAAGGUAAGUGAGGAAUAAUGGAUUUCAAGUGACUUGUCAAAAUUUAUAUGGAAAAGCUGUGAGAAAGUUUAGAGAAUUUUGCUUUUAGUGAGUAGACCCCACACUGUCCACUGAAUUAAUGGUUCUCAAAAUUUUGGACAAAUAAUUCAUUGUCAACCCUCAACAUUUCUUGCAGACCACCAUAUAUGCUUAUCAUCCAACUUUUAAUUGAAAAAUGGAAGGAGGCAGCAUGAUUCACAGACCCUGGCUCAGGAAUCACUGCAGUGUCUCAUUGAGCUCUUGGCUUAAUUAAAGUGUAAAGAAAAAAAAGCACUAAUGCUUACCCACAUUAACAAUGUGGUUCAUGGGCUUCAGAUAACACAGAACAGAUUUACUGGAAAGUCUUGAAAAUAGGGGCUAGAUGCACAAAUAGACUUGGGCUCCUAACUGCUAUUUCAGGAACGCACAUCAUAAAUAUACAGACUCAAACCCCUAUUCAAGCCCCUGUAGGGCUUAGUACAGCCAGUCAAAAAGCUGGAGGCUGAAUUGAUGCAAUCUUUGCAGGUUAAUUUAAGCUCUGUAGAUUGAAGUGAUAGCCAAGUAAACAGACGUUUACUUUUGAUUCUGGAAAUGCAGCCACAUGCCUGCAGUGGCCCAGACCAAAAGGUGGGAGCACUAGAACAUGCCUCCCUGCUCAGCUGGAGUAGACAGCUUGAGCCAAGGCUAGCCUGCCCUCCCUGCAAGGGGGGAGGGGGGGGGGCUCUGCAGGAGUGGUGCAAAGCAUCCUGGGAUGCUGGGAGACUAAGUUGGCUUGAAUCUGGAGGGGAUCUGGGAUACAAGUUGAAUAAACUUAUUGAACCUAAAUCAGUUAAGUCUGAUACUGCAUCCAUCCAGGUUUAUCUUAAACCAGUGUCGGCCUUUUUGAAAGUGGUUUAUGUGCACUGAACUUCUGUUGUGUCACAGAUUUGAACUGGUUUCCGAUAACUUAUACCGGUUUAUGUGUAAUUUCUGUCCCUAGCUAGGUGUCUAAAAUUGUGUCUCCUUGGUGAAGUUACUGUGUGCUAGGCGAACGGUGCACUCAAACAGACUGUUCUUCUCUGUGCAGGCUACCUCCAAAAGCCAGAAGGCUUCUCAGAAGGAGAAGCAGCAUGGCUAUGUCAGUAUGGUGCUACAGGCAGGAAAAUUAGUAUGGAGAUGAGCUAACUGGCUUUGUCAUUCAGCUGUUUUUAAUUAGCCUGGUUGAAGCACCAUGCAGAGGCAGCCUUUUAGGAGUAGCACAGCAUGCUUAAGGAUGUCACUGCCUGUCAUGGUAAAUUUACUGUGUGCGUGGCAUAAGUUUCCAAUGUUAAGGUUCUGUAGGUGUCUAUCAUUUCUAAUUCUGGGGGUACCCAGAAAUGCUGACCUCAAGCAGCUGAGUAUGUAUCGGUUUGAGUUCCCCUGAGAUUGACAAAAGAAGCACUCCUCAGCCAGUAUGUGUUGUCAGAUAAUGCCCAAGCAAUCAGCUCCUUCUCCUUAGCAAUUUCAGUCAUUUUGGCAUGGCACCAGGAUGUGGGAAUCUUCAGCUUUCCAAGAGUGUCCCAAAGGGAAAAAGGAGGAAACCUUGAAGUUCUGGCUCUGGCUUUCUAGACUAAUAUUGUCUGAAAAGAAAAAAAUAACUCAUUCUUUUGAAACAUGGGCCAAAGUAGAUAUUUUAUCUUUAUCGGGGCCAACCCUACCCUGUGAUUGUACAAGAUCAGACCCAAGAGGAGGUACAAGCUCCCUGAGUUAGUCCAUUCCAUGGAGAUUCACACAGUUGCCCCAGGACGAGGGUUGGCUCCUGCCAUAUGGUUCAUUUUGUCCUGUUCCUUUCCUUGCCACAGAAGAGGGAACACAGCAAUGGAGUUUGUGACUAAGCUGUCUGAGGGGGGAGGGGUUCUUCUAGUAGAGCAAUGAGAGCUCUGCAUCCUCCCUUAGGGCUGCUCCAGUCUUCUUCCCUUGCACGAUCUGCUGCUCUUCUAUUUUCUGCCCCAUUUGCCACUGAGCUGCCCUAUGGCAUGUGCAGAGGCUUCCUUUGUCACUUGUGGCACCCAUGCAGCAGGUUGGCCACCCCUGCCCUAGAGCAUGAUGUUGAUUACCUAGGCCGGGUUCUGAGUUAAGGAUUUUAAUGUUUUAUAAGGUCUGUACGAGCCUUAUCAAGCAAAGCAAAUACACUGGAAAGUAAACAUGUUGUUGAGCAUGGGUGCAAAAUACAGGGUUGCUAUAGCCAUUUGCCAUGGCACAGAGGAUCUUUUAUGCACAAUGUGUUAUAGCUGACAAUAAAUAUCAAACUUGCUGCAAAAUUCCCUAAACUGAAUUCUAAAAUUGGAAUGGAAAUGCAAUUAAGAAAAGCAAGUAGUAAACUACAAGCCUAUCAUCUCCUCAUGAGUUACAGGCACUAAUGCAGUGUCUUCAUUCAGUAUGCUGCUUCCAACUGUUUAAGCAAUAAGGUGUGUCAGUGACUGGAAGUCAUGCAAUCUGAGCUUCAGUACUGCACAAAUAACUUGGGUAGGACAAUGAAGGUAUCAUUUUAAGUUAUGAGACAAUCCCUUGAUCAAUAGCUCUGACUCCUGGCUUUGUUGACAGAUGGGAUUUAUUGCUUAAAGAGCCCCAUGGGAGCUUUACUUGUUUAAAGACUGUAAGAUUUGGCUUAACUGAAACAGUACUUCUCAAAAGGAGCAACAAAGAAUCAUUUGGAAACGUCUCACUCUCUCUCUGUUUCCUGGUUUCAGUGAUUUGUGAUGUUCCCGGUAGCCAAAAUGAACUGAAUCUAUGGGACAUGCCAAACUUAAAACGAAACUAAAAUAAACUAAAAGUUCAGCUACUUGGGGAGAAACAGCCUGUCCUUUACCUUUGAAAAUUGUAGUCAUGGGAAGUAGUAACUUCAGAAGUAGGUUAUUUCUCACUACUUUCCCACUGACAUAGUUGCAAAGAAAGUGGGCAUGCUCUUGUGCAUGCAGACAUCUCUGUAUAUGAACAGCACAAGGAAUCUGAAACUGUCUGGACAAGCUCUGUAGUGGGAGACUAAAUAUGCAAUGGUGUACUAACUUUGACAUGAUGUGCAUGUAUUGUGCUGCAGUCUGUACUGUUGCCUGCUUUGUGUCAGUUCCUGAGAGGAGCAGAAAACACGGAACACAAGUGGGAAUAGAGGCUAUGCAGGAUUUGUGAAUCUACAUAGUAAGAAUACCCAAGCAUUCAAAUGAUUGGAAGAUAAAAUGCACUGGUAGUAAGGGUAAAUAAAAUCUCAUAAAAAUCUAAACAUGCAAAACAUGCCAUGUAAUUCGUAGCAAGAAGAUCACAAAUCUUGUAAUCCUAAAGAGCUUUAUUAAGAAUCCCCUGGGUACAGAGCUGGUAUGCUGGUUCCACCAAGCAAUGAAUAAUAGGUGUUCAGUUUGAAGGUUAACCAGGACUCAAGCCACAAAGUGGAGUUAGGAUCAUUGUUACAAUGUCUAAUUCUUAGAGUACCAGUGAACCCUACAGUCCUCAGUUAGUUGUUUAAGAUCCCUAUAAAAUUCACCAUGAGAGUCAGGUGCCUAAAAAGGGGGUUCACAAUGGCCAGCAUAGCUGAAUAAGGAGCUAAGGUAGUAAAUAGGAAAUGUUGAAAUUAAGGGUAUGUCUCACUUCCAGCUCUCUCUGAGAUAUAGGUGUCUUUUCCCAACAAACCCUUUCUUGCAGUACUCAAGCAAGGGUAGUCUAGAUACUUCCCUUUCAAUCAGUAGCUCAGUGGUUAGAGCAUUCAUACAGGAUAUGGGAGAUCCAUGUUCCAUUUUCUUACUUUGACUGAGAGAAUUUGCACCCAUACAUCCUGCCUUCCAGAGACCCCUAGCCUAAGAUUCAAGGGUGGCAAGUGGAUUCACUCAAUUCCUCCCAUCAAAGCUGUUCUACUGUGCAUGGAAUAAUUACAUCAAGUCAGAGAAAGUGAAUGAGUGAACACAAGCCUGUAGCCUCAUAGGCCACACACCUGAAAGGGGGGAGACAUGGGUUCUCUACUCCCUGCUCCAAUGAUUAUUUAAAGUACUUAAACAUCCAUUGGCACAGGAGUGGAAACAAGAUCUGCCCCAUCACAGCUGUGUGGCCUACCUACUAGGCCAGAGAAUAAUGGGGUGAAGGGAUGCUCAGUACUCAUCAGGCCAGAGAAAGUGAGUGAGCUCUCCCCACCCUAAAAUAGCCUAUAAUCUCAUGGUUAGGGUCCUCUUUUGGGAAAUGUGAGUGCAUAUCCCAUCAGGUAGUGGAGGGAACUAAACCUAAGUUUUUCACAUCCUCCUAUAGCUGAGAUAUUAGAUAGAAGGGGUUUGACAGUCCUACUGGCUGUGUCUUCUUGUACAGGGCGUGGUCCAGUAGAUGUCCUCUACCAUGUCAGGUUCUGCAGGUGAAAUAGGUGAAGGAGCAUCUAGGUAAUGCAUCCUCAUGGGGUACUUUCAAGUCUUAGGUGCCUGUGUGCAAUCAAAUCAACCCCAUUUUUUCCUCCAGAAGAGAGAGAAAAUACUAGGAUUGUGCAAAGCUUCAGUCACUGAUUCGAUUCAGCAGAGGUUCAGCCUGAUUCAGUGGCCAAAUCUCUGAAACCGAAUCUAAUCAAGAGACCCUUUAAUCUCUCUGAAUUGAAUCGGAACCCUCCAAAUUGAUUCAGAGAAAUUUGGAAAGCUUUGACGAUUCGGCCAUAGACAGAGCUUUAAAUGUUUUUAAAGGUAGCAGGGGGCUUGUGAAUGCUGAGAGGUGGGGUGGAUGAAGCGUCCCACAGGAGCGUGGUGCCCAGUGCACUUGGCAGCAGAUCCGGAAGUAGACCAGAAACACUUCUGGGUCCUCUGGGGAGCAUGCGGGGGGGGGCACCUCCAGCUUCACGACUGGUGCCUCCUGGGUCUGGGGGAGCACCCGGGUUCCCCUAUGGCUGAUUGCUGAGCCGAGAGGGUCGGGGGGGGCCCCAAGUACUUCUGGUUCACUUCCGGGUUUGCCAUCAAGCAUGAGGGUGCCCCCCGCGCUCCUGUGGGGACUUCCAUCUGCCCCAGUAUCACAGUGUUCACAAGCCACACCUGGUACCUCGACGUAUAUAGAAAAAACAUUUAAAGCUGUGUUGGUGGCCGAAUCACUGAUUCUCUGACUCAGCAUCGAAUCUUCAGAUUCGGAUUUGGCCAAAUUGAAUCGGGGACAGCAAUCCGAAUCAAUGAAUCAAAUCACUGUCCCUGAUUCAGGCCGAAUCUGAAUCGAAUAUGGUGCGUUUUGCACACCCCUAGAAAAUACCUCACAAGACAGGUUUGCUGCCAAGUUCAGAUUCUCCAAAUGCAUCGGAUUUCCAAGUCUGUAAAACAGACCCACGCCUUUUUUGAUGGUUUGGCUAAAGAAAGAAAAGUCUCCUGACUUUCGCUGCACCCCUGUGGGUGAUCAAAAAUUCUUUUGGGGAUCAUUGACUUGACUCAUUGGUUUGAUUGCUAGUUUUACCCUCCUACUCUUUUGCUCCCUCAGUGACAGGACCCCCCCCCACCCUCAUCACCCUGGUGAGUUGACCCAUUUUUUCUAGAACAUCUCCAUUAUGGGGACAAAACCCUCCUUGUAGGUUUUACUGAUUGCCCAAGGACAGGGUUGGGAAGGCUUGGAGGCUUGCUACAUCACUGUAUCAGGGGCCCAACUGAGCCCCAUACUUACUGGGAUGGCAGCCACUGACACGUUCCGCGGUCAGUAGAUCCCUGGCCGGACUUGUGGGGAAACAGCAAGCCUGCACUCCCAAGCCAAGCCCCACAGCACUUCUGGACAGGGAGCUGGUGCACAGCAGGCAUUUCCUGAACCCUGCACCCAGAUCUGGGUGGGGAUCAGAAUCCCAGUCCCAUGUGGGCUCGGGCUGCAGCCCCAAGGCAGCCGGCACACAGAGCACUGCCUGGGGCCUGGAGGCAGCAGCUGCAGGGGAUAAUGAACACCUCAGGAGCCCCUAACAUCCGCUGGCAGCAGUAGGGCAUGUGGGGGCACAGGAGGCCAGAUUGGCUCACACCGACUCGGAUACCCUUACAAAUGCUUGCACUGAUGCCAGGAGAGGUGGAAUGUAGUUAGAUGAGGGCUCUCAUCACUUCCCCCCCCCCAUGGAGGCAGGAGCCCAGGACUUCGCACAUCUGAAUUCUCCAGACAGAUGCCAGACAACCAUGCUGCCAGGAGGAGCCAGGUACCUCUAGGGGCUAAGCCAGGGUUCAUGAUGUUCCUGGGCCCACAUUACUCCAUGGGUUUGACUAGGACAGGCAAGCCUGCACAUAAAGACUAAGCCUGUACAGGGCUGUGCCUGCCAGACUGAGAUUGCCUGACAGAAGGUGACUAAAACACCCGUAGGGCAAGAGAAAGUCCUAGGGCAUGAUCAUUUGAGUUAUUAAGUUUAUUUGCUUCUUUACACGGGUGAUCCCAGAACUUGCAGCAAACUUCAACAAUCAUAGCCAAAAUCUGCAGACUUCAGACAACUCAGCUGCUUUCUUCUGUCUCUGAGCUACAGGGCGAUUGCUUAGGCUGGCUGAACGUGUACCCAUCAACUGCACCCCCGAGUGGAAAGGGGUGGGGUAUAAGGGAGGAGGAGCCCCACAGAAAACCUCGACAUCAACCCAUGCUAACCUGAGCAUAUUCUCUCCAAGCACGUAUUACCUCCUUAUAUCUCUUUUCAAAUGCAUCCAGUAGUGGCAGGUGAGAUUUGAAAGCAAGAGAGUGAGACACCCGCUGAACAUGCAGCAUGCAGGCCCCAUCCCUGUGUAGCCACUCGGCCCUGAUCCCUUCUACAAUAACGGACAGUGGGAAGGCUUAAAUUGAGGCAGGAAUGAGAAUGAAAUAUGUAGUUAAAUGUGGUUAGCACACUAGUGGCAGACAAGCCGUUUUACCAGAGGCAUAGCAAAGAAAGUCUGCACCCGGAGCAGCCACUGAUGCAUGGGGUGGUGCCAGCUUCUGCUGUGCCGAUUGCAGCAGCACAGCCUGCUGCCACUGCAGCUUUCGUGCCUCCCCUCCCACCUGUCAAUGGUGGUAAUGGGCUCAGUUAACUGGGGUACUGCCUCAAUUGCCUUUCCUACCCUGCUCUGGGUUAUGCUACUAGAUUUUAGUGUUUCUCCCAGAUUUCCCACAUAGAUAUUGAAGAGAAGUUGGGCUAAUGUGGGUCCCUUUGGGUGCCUGUACAUGAGCUUGGAGGCUGCUCCAGUGUGCUGUAAUUACAUGAUUAAUUGAGUCUGCUGGAGCAUGGUAAUUACCAUGCUUCAGCCAGCCCCUGCUUCUCAUGUAUCAAUGUCCCCAUACUUCAAAAUGGUACAGCGCUUUAACUAAAGCUUGUUAAAGCGCCCCAGCCACCAUUUUGAAGCGUGGUGACGCUGAUACAUGAGAUGCUCUGGGCACUUUAAUUAAUUAAUCUGGGCUCUCAGAACUGCUGUCAUUAAGCACCUUUCCUCUACCCCAGAGCACAUGUAAAAAUGCCCUUUGAGAGCAUGCUACUGAGGGCCUCUGGAGCCGUUACUCAGUUACUCAUUGCUACAUACUGGGCCACAUAUUCCUGCUAUGUUAUGUCAGCAUUCCAGUAACUUGCUAUGGGUCCACUGUAGCAUGAACUGAACUGCUGUAGCUGAUGCUAACAUAGAGUGUAAUAAUAGUGAAAUAUAACCAUGUUAUUCUUGUUCUGUAAGCAGCUUGAAAACUGCAUUUUGUAUCCUUCUGCUCGACCUGCAUAGCCUUUAUGUAUGUGUGUGUGUAAAAGGGUGAAUGAUGAGAGAAUGGCAUAGAGACCAGAGAAGAUUAACUGUUUAUGUAAGCAACAAGGCACGUAAGUUACCAGCCAGUAACAAACUAACAAACGGCUGAAGAAUCCCUUUGAAGCUCAAGGGCACAAAGGAGAUAACAGAAGAAGAAAUUUUGCCAGACUGGCAACAAGAACACUUCAAGGCUAAGGUAAGCUGAAGACAAAAGAAGAACAACCACAAAAACAGAAGCUGGGUAUGAAAAAACCCCAAAGCACUGAAACAAAGGAUGCCAAUCCCUAUAAAAGAACACUUUGAAAAUGCCAAGUCGGAUAAGAUAUUGAAAAAAAUUAAACCAAGCAGGAUGACAGAAAACAUUUGGAGAAUCUGGAUCAUCUACACAGUCAUAACUGCAAAGGUUUCAGAAGAAAGAGCCACAAAGCAGGUUUGUCCUUCGUGUGAUGCUGCUCAUUUUUGUGACUGUUCUUCCUUGGGGCUGAACACCAUUCCUUCAGGGAUAACAAGUGAAAUCACAGGACUAAACCUGGCCCACAACAAGAUAGAACACAUCAGUGAAAAUGACCUGAGGUCAGGCGUGAACCUCCGUGUGCUGUUGCUGCAAUCAAAUCAAAUUUGGACAAUAGGCGAGGAUUCAUUUCACUCCCUUGGAAAACUGGAGCAUUUGGAUUUAUCCAAUAAUAACUUGACUCGCUUGUCACCUACUUGGUUCAGGGACUUUGUUUCCUUACAGCACCUGGACAUACGGGGUAAUUUCUAUGCAGAACUUGGAGAAGGGUCCCUGUUUUCAAAUCUUAAGAAUCUGAGAAAUUUGUACCUUGGGAAUAAAGAUCGCUUCCUUGCUAUACAGCAGCAGGACUUUGAAGGAAUUACUGUUCUUGAGCAACUUGAAAUUCAGGGGGAAAAGCUCCAUUGGUAUGAGCAGGGAAGUUUGAAAUCCAUUAGGAACAUAAAUCACAUAAUCAUAAAUGUAAGAGGUAUUUCUGUGCUAUCAUCAAUUCUGAGGGAUCUUGUAAAUUCUGUAACCUGCUUAGAACUGAGAAAUAUAGCCUUCAGGACAGAAAAUGAAACUAUGUUACUGAAUAUAAUGAUUCCUUCUGUUAUGAAGAAACUCCUGUUUAGAAAUGUUUUGCUUACAGAUCAAAGCAUCCCUAGUAUGAUGGGCAUCAUGGCGAACAUGAGGCAAUUGGUAGAGCUGGAGGCAGAAGACUGUACGUUGCAGGGGACUGGACAAUGGUCUGAACAAGGUCCUGCAGACAAACCAUUCCCUGUUAAAGUACUGACAAUAUGGAACGUAUCCAUCGAAAAAUUUUAUUUAUUUACAGAUCUUUAUGCUGUGUUAAAUCUUAUAGGUAACCUUACAAAGGUAACUGUUGGCAAUACUAAGGUCUUCUUGGUUCCUUGCCUCAUUUCAAAACGUUUGCUUUCACUGGAGUUUCUUGACCUAAGUGACAACUUGCUUUCAGAUCCCGCUUUGGGGCAUUCAGCAUGUAUGGGCGCUUGGCCUGUUCUGAACACUUUAAAUUUAAGUCAGAAUUCCUUGAGCAAUUUAAAGAUGACUGGAAAAAGUUUAGCUCACCUACAGAAGCUAACAAACCUAGACAUUAGCCAGAAUAAUUUUGGACAGAUGCCGGAAGUAUGUGAAUGGCCGGAAAACCUGAAAUAUUUAAAUUUAUCAGGCACUCAAAUCCCCAAGCUAACAGGUUGCAUUCCUCCAACUCUUGAAGUUUUGGAUGUUAGUAGCAACAACCUGAUUGAAUUUAGAAUAGAGCUCCCACUCCUCCGAGAGCUAUACAUUGCCCAAAACAAAUUAAAGGCCUUGCCGGAUGCUGCACUUCUUCCUAAUAUAGUGGCUCUGACAAUCACAAGAAAUAAAUUAAACAGUUUUUCCAAGGAAGAACACAAAUCCUUUAAGAACAUGAAGAGGCUGGAGGCUGGGGACAAUAAUUUCAUCUGCUCUUGUGAAUUUCUCUCCUUCAUUCAGUCUGAGGCAGGAAUAGCCCAUGUCUUGGCUGACUGGCCAGAAAACUACAUUUGUGACUCUCCAUCUGCUGUGAGAGGGAAGCAGGUGGAAGCUGCUCAGCUUUCGCUGAUGGAAUGCCACCAAACACUGGUGGUGUCCUCAAUCUGCAUUCUGCUGUUCCUACUCAUCCUGCUCAUUGUGAUUGUGGGGUACAAGCUGCAUGCAUUCUGGUAUAUGAAAAUGACUUGGUCUUGGCUUCAAGCAAAAAGGAAGCCACGGAAAGUGCAAACAAAGGACAUCUGCUAUGAUGCUUUUGUUUCCUACAGUGAGAGAGACUCUGAGUGGGUUGAAAACUUAAUGGUACAGGAACUGGAGCACGCCAACCCCCCUCUGAAACUGUGUCUUCACAAACGGGAUUUUAUGCCUGGGAAGUGGAUUGUUGAUAACAUCAUUGACUCCAUUGAGAAGAGUCAUAAGACGCUGUUUGUGCUGUCAGAGCACUUUGUGCAGAGCGAGUGGUGCAAGUAUGAGCUGGACUUCUCCCACUUCCGCCUCUUUGAUGAGAACAAUGAUACAGCUAUUCUGAUUCUUUUAGAGCCCAUUCAAGGAAAGGCGAUUCCCAAAAGGUUCUGCAAACUGAGGAAAUUAAUGAACACAAAGACCUACCUGGAAUGGCCUCUUGAGGAAGUGCAGCAGCAAGUAUUUUGGAGUAAGUUAAAAGAGGCCUUAAUGUCAUAGGAAAGUUAAUUUAAGACCACUAUAGUAGCACUCCUGCACUGGCCUUCCACCUAGAAUAUGGGGCAGGCCCUUUUCCUGAUAAGGAUUUAUUUAUUGUUAUUCCAUACAGAGAAUUUGCCUGUACAUUAAACUAAUUAUAUCUUUGUUAAAUGGAAUAUACCAGCUGAGACUGUGACUGCCAGAGAAAUUCUUUGGUCUUCUGCAUUUUCUGUUAAUAACUGUGAUGUAGGUAAGGUGGCUAUGUCUUCAGUAAUACUUUUGGGAAUAAUUUUUGCUUAAUUCAGGUAUCUUUCUGUAGCUAUGUCUACCCCCUUUGCUGAACUAUUUCAAAACAAAUGUUACUGGUCUUCUCUCUCUCAUAAAAGAAAUAAAGCCAACAUGCUGAAAAAUACCUCAAGGUCUGUUGGUUGCAUCCUGUUUUAGUUGUCUUAGAUACCCUAAGAGCAUUUGCUGUCAUUUGACAAGAACACAGUAAAAGAGUAUUAUUUGUUUGCAUGAAAAUAAGAUUCUUUCAGCUGAUGCCUUGAAAAGAUUGUAGCAAAACCCCCAGUUUCUGUUGUUUUUUAUUUUAUUUAAAAAUGUAUUCCCUCCCCUUCCCCAAGCAUUUCUGACUUUUUCUUUCCCUCUCUAUUCCCUAUAAAUAAGUAUAAGUGAGCUAAGACAUAGGAUAAGCUUCAGCAUUUUAUUUUUGUAGCAUGUUGUAUUUGUUUUGUUUUUUCUCCUUCUUUAUAUUGUAUAAUUAUUAUGUGUAUAUUGAUUUUUACUGUUCUAUAUUACUGUUUUACUGAUACUAUAUGAUUUAGGCCUAUCUAUGUAAGUUAGCAUAAGUCAUGUCAAGUUUCCAUUUUGUUUGUCAAGUCUCCAUCGUGUCCCCAUGCCCAGUUAUGUAACUUAUGACUCGCACCUACCCCUCCUAUGUAACUUGGUUCCUGAAUGAAUGGGGAUGAAUGCGGGUGCUUGAGAGACAAUGGCAGUAGGUCUGCUCCCUCUGAAUGACCAAACCUUCAAAACCAAUACCUGGACCAACGACUCAGCCAUUGGAACCACCCUCAGCAACCAAGAAACAAAAGAUGAGGCAACACCAUCGUGCCAAGGCUGCACAAGCUCAGUAAGAACACCUGGAGCCCUCUGGAACAGGACUGAACUUGCCUGGACAGGCCCUCUCCAUAGGAGAUCACAAGUAGUCUGCCCCAUAAAAAGGGGUAGCAAAGACUGACUCCUGGGGACGCUCUCUCCAUCUGGACCAGGACCAUGCCACACCACCUAUCUACUCAGAGGCCCUGCCAACGACCCUCCCUCUGGACAACACCUGCUGGACAAAGACCCCUUUUCAGCCUGGAUAGGUAGCUAUCACCCCCCACCCUCUCUUCAACCAAGAACUUGGACUCUGUUUCUCUUCCCUACCUGGACUCCAACCCUUCCACUGAGUCUCUUUCUCCUGCUGCCAUUGUGUGUGUGUAUGGGAGUGCUUGUGUGAGUGUGUGUAGGAACCAAGCUGUACAGUACAGUCUUCAUUUAGUAAAACUGGUGUUUGGACCCCUAA